AUAUUCACAGAGAAGUGAUUUUCGGGGAAAGCGGAAGUUUUAUAGUUAAGUGUCUGGAGAAAUCCGUCCGUGCGGGUGCAACAAUCACAUCCAAGAUGGAGACCGUAAAUUCUGGACAUAUGAUGAGCUUAGCAGCUCUACAGAGACAAGACCCAUACAUAAACAAACUGCUUGAUGUAACCGGCCAGGUGGCUCUCUAUAACUUCAAUUCCAAAGCGAACGAAUGGGAGAAGACCGAAAUCGAGGGCACCCUGUUUGUUUAUGCAAGGUCUGCCUCGCCUCACCAUGGCUUCACCAUCAUGAACCGACUGAACACGGAGAACCUGGUGGAGCCGAUCAACAAAGACCUGGAGUUCCAGCUGCAGGAUCCCUUCCUGCUCUAUAGGAACGGCAACUUGGGUAUCUACAGCAUUUGGUUCUAUGACAAGAGCGACUGUCAACGCAUCGCUAAGCUGAUGGUCAAGAUUGUGAAACAAGAAGCAGACCAGGCCCAGAGAGAGUCGCCAGAGAGGGCAGAGCCACGGAGGACCAAUGGUGUCGCUGAACCACGGCCCAUCGACAUCCUGGAACUGCUCAGCAAAGCCAAGGAGGAAUACCAGAGAGCUCAGGCAGGUGAAACAGAUGUGUCUGCAGAGCCUAAUGUGAAAGCAGCUAUCAACGCCACAGAGCAUGCGCACAGCACACCACAACCUGAAAAGAGCUCUCAUACAAUGGUGAAGCAGAUCACAGUUGAGGAGCUCUUUGGCUCGUCCCUCCCUAAGGACCCCUCUAUACCCACCAUGCCCGCACAGAACACCACCACUGCUUCCAGUGACCCCUCCACUGCUUACCUCCAGAACCAGUCUUAUCCCACUCCAGCCCACCAAAACCCACUCCUUCCCCACCUCGCAGCCAAAGACCCCAGGUCAAAGCAUCAGCACCAAGCCCCUGGCCUGCUCCCAGCUCAGUACGCACUACACCCCACUCCUGUUUUCCAGUCGGCCGUCCCCAGGUCAGACCCCCAACCUCUGUGCUCAGUCUCCCCUCUCAUGGUGCCUCCAGCUGGCUCAGAGCCUCAUGCUGCUCCCUCUGGUCCUGCAGCACCAUCUGCAGUUCCUACAGCCUAUUUGGGACAGGAGGUACUCAGCACACUCAAACCGGCAGUGCCAUGUGUUAAUUCGGACAUCCACAAACCCAUCCUCGCACCCAACUUCCUGCCAAGCACGCUGUUCCCACCCCGCAGCUUUCAAGAGCCCAUGGGGAAACCCCCUCUCCAGCACAACAAGGAGAUAGAUGUUUUCUCUCAGCCUUCAAACCUGAUCAAACCAAUGUCUGCCGUCCCCAUGAGUCCAGGUCUUGCUGUUCCAGGGCCGGAGAUUUCUGUGCUUCUCUCCCCCAGCGCCUUCCAGCAGUCCAUCAAUAAGACAACAACAGCAGCAUCAGUGGUCCCUCCUGCCCCGUCUGAGCCCUCCUCCACCUCUGUAGGAGUUUUAGAGUCUCCACAUGCCCCCUGCAGCAAAUCACAGCUACAGGAGACUCUGAUACACCUCAUUAAGAAUGACCCAGACUUCCUCAGUGCCAUUCAUGAUGCUUACCUGCAGAGUCUGCCUCAGGACUUUAGCAACAUGAAGCUAUAGUCUACUUCAGCCAUCACCACUGUUACUUUCAGUGCUCCGACCCCUUUAUGACCUGUGAAGAAUCCAGAAGCUAAUGGGAGUUAAAACAAGUGCAGAUAACAGGUUUUUAACACACUGUACGUCACAACUCUUCAAAACCAAUCUGUGUUCUGAGGGUUAUUAUAGCAUGCACACACCAUUUAACCCUCUGUUCCUUACUCAGAACUUAUUUUUUGAGUUCUCACCUGAACACUGACGCUGUCCUGGCUACUCUCGUAAUCUUGGAUAGACUUUUUGUCCGCUUAUGUCAAACAAGAGCUACUGUGGGAGAGAAGGAUGAGAUAGAACCUCCCAGUGUGGCCUUGAGUUUUCAUUUUUACUUUAUAAAUAUGAUACGUACUGGUAAAGUUUGGCUGCUGCUGGUUUAAUUCACUUGAGGAUGGGACCACAGUGGAGCUUCGUUGACCUCAAAUCGUUUGACUUUUGACCUUGAGAACAGACGAUUUUGCAGCUUGAACAUUAUGAGACUCACAGAUGCUGCUUCUCUUAUUCAUGUCAUGUCUUUGGAGUUCUCGCAGUGCGAAAGUAUGGGAACAUACACUCCAACUGCAUAUUAAGAAAAAGACUUCUGUGCUGAGGACCUCAGAACUGUUUUGUUGGUCUUUGCAGACAAACUGUCCCACUGUGUGGUGUUGAAAAGGACUACUCAUUUUCCUUCUUUCACUUAUUGAACCUUCUCCCUUAAAAUAAUGCUGAGGUCUGUAUAUUUUUGCUAACACCACAGAGACAUCGAACAACCGUUACAGUUUUUGUGGCAUUUUGUGUUUGUCAGUGUCUCUUAGUAAGGAGGAGAUUGUUUGGAGAAGCACUUGCAGCUUAGAGCUUAAACUAAGAAUGAGUUCCUCUCGGCUGCCUUUUUUAAUGUUAUGUUAGAGACUGUGACAUGUUGAUAAAGACACACAGACGAUCGUACAAACCAGCUUAUUUGCUACCUUUCCUUUCUCCGUAUUUCUCUCUCUUUGUCCUUCUCCUUGUUUGUGUCGUUCAUCUCUCCGCCACUAGCUGAGCUCACAGUACUUGAUGUUCUUGGAGGGGAACGUGCAAUAGCCAAUAGUCGCAAUGCCUUUAUGUAUACCAGCAUUGUGGGAUAUUUUAAGAUGGUACAGUAGAAGAAGUUUAUCUGAACCUCUGGGUUCUGGUCCUGCAACUGAUCUAUAAUUUAAAUAUGAGCACAAAACACAAAAAUUGCUAUAUUUGGAUUAUUAGAAAAUAGGGGGAACUGAUGACUGAUAUGCUUUUGAUAGCUUCACUAUUGAACAUACUGAAGCUAUCAAAAGCAUAUCAGUCAUCAGUUCCCCCUACCAGUAAUCUAAACUACCGAUGAAAAAUAUCAGUGGCCUCCAUUCCUGUUUCUAAAUUUUAAAAAAAUUAAUUCUAGGCCACAGUUAUGUCUUAAGUCACAAAGACUUAAAGACAAAACAAAUUGUGGUAUUUUUUUUGGUUUUUGCAGUAAAACACUACUGCAGCACAGAACUGUAAACCCUGCAGACUGCAGUGAGAACAGGAAGAAGCACAUCUGUCUCCUCGUGCAACGCUGAGUGACUAUUGAUGCUGUUGGUGACCAAAGAAAACUGAUGACAAAUCUAAUGUACAUCGGAAAAUCAGCUUUCAAAUAUUUAGGAGGGAAAAAAGGUUUAUGUGUGCAUUUUUGAACACACAACAGGGCACUACUCCUGUUGUCACAAUGUUCAGCACAUACAAGACCAUUAAAACAGUGUGAAUAAUGUGAAAGCAUGAAAAUUUAAGUUGUAAGGUUUUCUAACAACUGGUACAGUGAUGUUUGACACCAGUAGUCAGCUCAUUGAUGAUCAGGUUACUUUUUCACACGUUACUGUUCAGAUGUCUAUACUAUAGUUCUCUAAGCGAUCAAUAUAUCAAGUCAUUCCAGAUGGAAAUAGACGUGGAAAGUAGAUGUUUUCCUUUUUUAUUUUGUAAACUACAUGAAUUGCAGAAAUUACGGCUCUUAUUGAAAAUGUUCAUGUCACUCGUGGAACAUGCAAAAAAUCAUGUAAUCAACAAUUUAUUAAUAGCUGAAGGACAAUAUUAAUUUUUGCGUAAAUACCUGUUUUGAGUGUGACACCACGACUUUGCAUUUGGUCCUGCUAUUUGAAUGUAUUUGGUGUUUACUCGCAGUAUGUGCCAAUCUUGUUUUCUUCUGUGUCCUGCAUAUUUAAGUUGAACUCACAUCCACAUGCUUUUAGUACUAACUGUUAACCAUGUUUUUCUUUCCAUUUUUAUUUUGCAAAUAAUUUGUACUUCAUUGUUCAUUGCCCUGUUAUAAUUUUUCAUUUCAGAGGUCAUCUUGCCAACACUUCUGGCAUGUGUUGGUUAAAUAAACGCACACAGGAAGAAUGAUUGAAAUGUAGAGUUUUUUAAUCCUGGUCACAUAUUUAAGAUUUUAAGGUUAUUUUACGCUUUGGUAUAAUUUAUCUUCUUGGCCAGAAAUAAGAUUUUGGGAAAGUCUUUGCAAAUUACAUUAAUUUUCUAAGAACUUGUUGUCACUGCAUUAUUUGGUUUAUUAUGGCUGUUUUAUGAUAUUAAAAAUUUGAAAAUG